AUGCUGACGGACAAAUUCCUGCGACUGCAGUCCUUUUUCUUUCACCUUCUGGGACUUGAGCUGCUCUUGGAUCAAAAGCAAGGGUGUCGGUAUCCUUGGAGAGCCAUUUGCUGUGUCCUUUCGGUGGCCAGUUUUAUGCCUCUGACGAUUGCCUUUGGAUUACGUAAUAUCCAAAAUGUGGAUGAACUCACAGACUCAUUGUGCUCGGUUUUAGUGGAUUUUUUGGCCCUCUGCAAGAUUGGAUUUUUUCUCUGGCAUUAUGAUCAUUUUAAAACUCUGAUACAGAGAUUUCAUGGGAUUUUGAACACAGAAAUUAAUUGGACUCCCAGUGAGAUUAUUGUGACCAGGCACAAUUGUCGGGAUCAAUUCAUCAGUGCCUUGUAUAGUCACUGUUUUAUGCUGGCUGGCCUCUCCGCCUGCCUAAUGUCACCUUUGUCCAUGUUUAGAGGAUACCUUCGAACGGGAGAAAUGCAGCCGGAGUUACCCUUUCCCAGUUUAUAUCCUUGGGACAACAAACGCAUGAUUAAUUACCUCUUCGCCUAUUUGUGGAAUGUCAGUGCCGCCCUGGGCGUGGCUCUGUCCACCAUUUGCGUGGAUACACUCUUUUGCUCGCUGACCCACAAUCUCUGUGCCCUCUUCAAGAUUGCCCAGCACAAAAUGUUGCAUUUCGAGGGCAAUAGCGAGGAGGAGACAAGCGAAAACCUGGUGCACAUCUUUCAGUUGCUCGAAAAGUGCUUGGACCUGGGUAAUACCUUGAAUGGAUACUUCAGGCCGCUCAUCUUUGCCCAGUUUUUGGCAGCCUCCUUGCACCUCUGUGUGCUGUGCUAUCAGGUGUCUGCUCAUCUGAUGGGGCCAGAAAUGUUGUUCUAUGCCGCCUUCACGACUGCCAUUCUGAGCCAAGUGUCCAUCUACUGUUUUUGCGGAUCAAGCGUCGACGAGGAGUGCCAGGGAUUUGAGCAGGCCAUCUACGAAAGCAAUUGGUUGAAUUUGCUGAAGGAGAAUCCUCAGUUGGUCAGAUCUCUGACCAUAGUCAUGAUGAGGGUCAGGAAGGGAUGCAGAAUCAAUGGUUACUUCUUUGAGACGAAUCGACAGACGCUAAUUAAGAUUAUUCGCACUGCCAUGUCCUACGUGACUCUCCUCAGAUCGCUCGCCUAG